CAGCGGCAGCGUCGGGACAGCUGCAGCCGGGCCGGGCGCGCCUGGAAUGCGGGCGCGGGCUGCGCACCAGGACUUUUAUGGAAACUUGCAGAGCCGGAGGCAGCGGCGGCAGCCAAGGGGCGCUCAGCAGCAGCCACAGCCGCGCCGCCGCCGCUCUCCAGCCAGGCAGCCAGCCAGCCCUCGGGAUUAGCGUGAGCCGGAGCCGCGGGCAGGACCCACAGGUAAAAAUAGAAACCCAGAUAUCAGACGGGUCAGGUGCCAGAUCACAGAACAACAAACCAUGAAUGACAUUGUACAGAAGACUGAGAUUCUGCUUUCUUCAUCUAAACCUGUACAAAAAUCCUAUGUGCCCAAACUUCACAAGGGUGAUGUAAAGGAUAAAUUUGAAGCUAUGCAGAAAGCAAGGGAAGAAAGAAAUCAAAGGCGAUCUAGAGAUGAAAAGCAAAGAAGAAAAGAACAGUAUGUUAGAGAGAGAGAAUGGAACAGGAGAAAGCAGGAGAUGAAAGAACUGCUUGCUUCUGAUGAAGAAGAAGAAGAAACAAAGUCUUCUAAAAUAGAAAAAGCAUAUGUUCCAAAGCUGACAGGAACUGUUAAAGGCAAGUUUGCAGAAAUGGAGAAGCAGAGACAAGAAGAAGAAAGAAAAAGAAUGGAGGAGGAAAGAAAGCGCAGAAUUGAACAAGAUAUGAUUGAGAAAAAGAAAAUUCAGAGAGAACUGGCAAAAAAAGCCCAGGAGAUUGAUGACAUAAACAAUACAGGAACUGAAUCAGCAUCAGAGGAAGGUGAUGAUUCGUUGCUGGUGACAGUAGUGCCUGUCAAACCUAACAAAACACCUGGAAAGAUUAAAAUAAAAUUUGAAGACCCAGGAAAUGAGAGAGAACAAGAAGAAAAAAGAAAGCAAGAAGAAAAGAGCAUAAGAUAUGAGGAACAAAAACGAUCUCUCAAGGAAGCCAAGUGUCUUUCAUUUGUCAUGGAUGAAGAUGAAGGCAGUGAAACAAAUGAACCUCUUUCUCCUGGGAAACUGAAAUUAACAUUUGAAGAACUGGAAAGACAAAGACAAGAAAAUCAAAGGAGGCAAGCAGAGGAGGAGGCAAGACAACGUUUGGAAGAGGAAAAACGUGCCUUUGAAGAAGCUAGACAACAAAUGGCAAAUGAAGAGGAAGAAGAUAAAGAAAAUGAAAAUUCUAUUAAAGAAUUCCGUCCUGGUAAACUCAAACUCAGCUUUGAGGAGUUAGAAAGACAGAGGAGAGAGGAAGAAAAGAGGAAAGCAGAAGAAGAAGCCAGAAGACGCAUAGAAGAGGAGAAAAGGGCAUUUGCUGAAGCAAGGAAGAGUAUGGUACUGGAUGAUGAGACCCCAGAGAUGUUUAAAUCAGUUUCUCAAGAAUCUCUUACACCAGGUAAACUGGAAAUUAAUUUUGAGGAGUUACUGAGACAAAAAAUGGAAGAAGAAAAGAGACGCACAGAAGAAGAGCGCAGGCAAAAAUUGGAAAUGGAGAAGCAAGAAUUUGAGCAGCUCAGACAAGAAAUGGGAGAGGAGGAAGAAGAGGCUGAAACCUUUGAAUUAAGCAGGGAAUAUGAAGAACUAAUAAAGUUAAAAAGAAGUGGUUCUAUUCAGGCAAAGAACUUAAAAAGCAAGUUUGAAAAAAUUGGUAAAUUGUCUGAAGAAGAAAUACAGAAAAAAAUUGAAGAGGAGCGAGCUAGAAGAAGAGCAGUGGACCAGGAAAUAAAAGAGAGGGAAACUGAGAAAUUUCAUGAGGAUGAUGAAGUAGAUGUGAAGCCUGCCAAGAAACCUGAAGCUCCAUUUACUCAUAAAGUAAACAUGAAGGCUAGAUUUGAGCAAAUGGCAAAGGCAAGGGAAGAAGAGGAACAAAGAAGAAUUGAGGAACAAAAAUUACUACGUAUGCAGUUUGAACAGAAGGAAAUUGAUGCUGCACUACAGAAGAAAAGGGAAGAGGAGGAGGAAGAAGAGGGAAGUAUUAUAAAUGGUUCUACUUAUGAAGAUGAAGAGAACCAAGCUCGGUCAGGAGCUCCAUGGUUCAAGAAACCCCUAAAGAACGUAUCAGUUGUAGACAGCGAGCCAGUAAGAUUUACUGUUAAAAUUACAGGAGAGCCAAAACCUGAAGUCACAUGGUGGUUUGAAGGGGAAAUGUUGCAGGACUCUGAGGACUAUCAGUACAUUGAAAGAGGAGAAACCUACUGCCUUUACUUACCAGAAACUUUCCCAGAAGAUGAAGGAGAAUAUAUGUGUAAAGCAGUCAACAGCAGAGGCACAGCAGCUAGCACCUGUAUUCUCACCAUUGAAACUGAUGACUACUAAUGCUCUACUUUUGCUGGAAACCUCCCUCAACUUUCUUACUGCAUCCAUCUCUUUUUCUGUGGUGGGGCCAAUAAAAGGAAACUAGAAAGUGUCAUUCCUAUAUCAGAUAGGGAUAUCCUUUGUACUGCAUGAGUGUUCAAGUUCUGUUACAAUGUGAAAUUUGGUAUCAAAGGCACAUUACACUAAAACGAGGACUGGUAUGAAGAAGCCCAACUAUAGAAAAAACUGAAUUGUAUUUGUGUUCCUACCUUUGAAGACCAAUUAUUCUGUAGUAUAACAGUUAAAUACAUAAUCUGGAAGUUCAGGAGGUAGGAAUACAUUCUGCAUGAACACUACGUUUAUAGCUGCUUUAUUAUGUCUCAGACUUAACAGGCAAAAGUGAAUGUUUCUGGAAUAAAAGUAAUGUACUAUUUUUAAACAAUAAAAGGUUAUGUAAUGGUUUAAGCUUUUUGUUUAAUAAAACAUUUUCCUUUCAAUCAGCUUUAAUACUUAUAUUCAACAUAGUAAUGGGAUGUGUAAUUAGCCUAUCAUCACUAAUACUGUAAAUUCAUCACUAAAGUUUUGUUAACUCUAUUAGACUACCAAGACUUGCAUUUGAAGGUUGUUUUCCCCCCCCACAACUUUACCAGUUACCCAUGUUAAAAUAGCAUUUGGCAUAUUAAAACAAAAUUUGCAGAAGGUACAUUUGGGGAUAUAUUGGGGUUGCACAGCAGCUACUUUCUCCACUUUCAUCCUCACCUGGUUGCAAUUUUUGUUACUGCAUCUUAGUGUAUGUUUGGUUUUGUAGUGAAAAGACAACAAAGCAUUAAUUCUCUUAGGGAAAUCUACAAAGACAAAUGAUGUACCUGUCAGUGUCUCAAAACAUCUUAAAAUUGAUUUUUGUUCAGAUUAUUCUGUCCAACUUUCAUAGGACUUUUUUUUUUAAUACACAAAGUACACAUACUUCAGCUUUUUCUGAGGUUCAGCACUUAUAUUCCUCAACAUAAUACAAUAAGCUAGAGGCUGUACC